ACGCACGCGCUCCACAGAGUUGCAUAUUGCGCGGAGCUUAUACUGCUGCUCCACUUCGGAACCGUGCUGCUGUCUGCGCGCGUGCGGCGCUUCCACAACAACAACACCGAGUUUGUGGGCGAUUUUUGUUUUUGUUUUGUUUUUUUUCUUUACUGGGACGGGGGGAAAAAAACAACAACAACACCCCAUUAUAAAUAAAAACCUGAGCUGUAAAUGCUUCGUGGAUGUUUUCUAUGUAGUAAAAAAACCAAAAACAUCAAGAACCAAGUUCUCGUGGUUGUUUGAGCACGUUCGGAGUGGGAACGGUUAGCGCGUGCUCUCGGUUGGCUAGCUGUAAACAAACUUUAAGACUUAUUUUUGUUUGUUUUUUUCUCUCAAGAGGACAGUUUCUGAGAAGGAAAUACAAGGACUACGGAGUCGCUUCGUCAGAAGAGAACAAGUUUCCCUUGGGUUCAUUCAGAAAGAAAUCUGUGUUUAGACCCGAACACAACAGGUUUUUUGGGGGGGAUUUCACGGUGUCAGUUUAACCUAGGUCUUGUAGAAAUAUUAUUGCUUGUGAAAGAGACUCGGCGUCCAGGUGUUGGAGAGAGAGAGAGAGAGGUUCCAGUUGGUUCAUUCGUUGUGAAAAGGAUUUGAGCUCCUGCUCCAGAAAGUUCUCGGGAGAGGUGUGAAACAUGCCGCAGCUGGCGGGUGGAGGAGGCGGCGGAGACCCGGAGCUCUGCGCCACCGACGAGAUGAUCCCGUUCAAGGACGAGGGAGACCCGCAGAAGGAGCAGAGCUUCGCCGAGAUCACCAACUCCGAGGAGGAGGGAGACCUGGCAGAGCUCAAGUCCUCUCUGGUCAACGAGAGCGAAACGAGUCCGAACAACAGCCACGACGCAGCUAGACAGUCCCAAAUAACCCCAGACUCCUACCAUGAAAAACACAGAGAGCAUCCGGAUGAUGGAAAGCUCCAAGAUCUGUACAGUAAAGGGCAUGCCUACUCUGGUUACCCAAGUUACAUCAUGAUGACCAACAUGAACAACGAACCCUACAUGAACAACGGCUCGCUCUCGCCGCCCAUGCCCCGAACGUCAAAUAAGGUUCCUGUGGUGCAGCCAUCCCAUGCAGUUCACCCCCUCACACCUCUGAUCACCUAUAGCGAUGAGCACUUUGCCCCUGGCCCUCACUCCGGGCACCACCCACAGGACUCCAAAGGAAUGCCUAGGCAUCAUCCUGGUCCAGAUAUUCCUAACUUCUACUCACUCUCCCCUGGAGGAGUUGGACAGCUCACACCACCACUGGGCUGGUUCCCGCAUCACAUGGUUCCAGGACCUCCCGGACCUCAUGCCACGGGAAUCCCCCACCCUGCCAUCGUCAACCCACAAGUCAAACACGAGCCUCCACACGAGACAGACCUGAUGCACAUGAAGCCUCAGCACGAGCAGCGAAAGGAGCAGGAGCCCAAGAGGCCUCACAUCAAGAAGCCGCUCAACGCCUUCAUGCUUUACAUGAAAGAGAUGCGUGCUAACGUGGUGGCCGAGUGCACGCUGAAGGAGAGCGCUGCCAUCAACCAGAUCCUAGGCAGAAGGUGGCACGCUUUAUCUCGGGAAGAGCAAGCAAAGUAUUAUGAAUUAGCCCGCAAGGAACGACAGCUCCACAUGCAGUUAUACCCAGGCUGGUCUGCCAGAGACAAUUACGGAAAGAAGAAGAAAAGGAAGAGGGAGAAGCUCCAGGAAUCAGCCUCAGACUUCCAUUUUCUGCAGGUACAGCCCAGAGAAUGAAAACGGCGUACAUCUGAGCAAUGGAGGAAAACGAACUACUUUCUCCUCAUGCAAAGCGAAGCCAGCAGCUGCGGGGGCCCUUUUGGAGAUGGAAGCCUGUUAGAUGACCUCUGACCCCUUCUGCGACCUCUUGACUCCCCCCGCUGAACUCUUGGAGGACUCCAGCUCUCGAGUGUGCUCCUCUGCUGUAGAGACACUGAACUGAAACCACAGACAAUCACUUCCCGCCUGGACCAGCUACUAUACAUACUUAGCCCUUCAUAGAUACGAGUACACACACACACACACACACACACACACACACACACACACACACACACACACACACACACACACACACACACAAAGUUCAUUCGGAUAUUAUGUUCGUUUUAGCUUGUUGUGCCCAAAGUCCACGUUAUUGCACUGAUCCAUGUCUUCAUCCAAACGCACAAAUCACCACACACGCGUGCAGAGAGGGAAGAAAAUCAAUCACAUGCCUUUCCACACCCGUCCCUAAGUUAUUUUAAGUUAUUCGGCCCUGUUUUCUGUAUGUACAGUUCAUCCAGAGCACCGUCUCACUUUUCACCCUAUGAUGUAGCAUUUCAGGGCCCGGUUUUCAGGAGCAUUCUCUUCAGACGUCAGACGGAUCAUUUAUUCUCGACUCACAAACAUCCUCUCAAGACUCUUUCAUAUUUCAACCAGUGGGUGCAAAAUUUAAAAAAAAAAAAAAAAAAAAAAGAAAAAAAAAAAAGGAUCAAAGUUUUGACUUUUUAUGGGUUCAAGUUCCAUUUUGAAUGCUUUUUUUUUUGUAUUUUAAACUAUUCAUUUCAUUUCUCGAUGUAUAUUUUAAGUCAUUUUGUUUUAUCAUCUUUAUUUUUUAUAUAUAUACUGGUGUGUGUAUAUAUACAUAUAUAUAUAUACAUACAUAUAUAUGAGAAUAAGCUUUGCGAAAGGAAAGCUGUUCUGUUUUUCUUGCAGAAACGACCUUCUUUCAUUGGAGAACUGUAACUAAUGACCUCCCAGUGCUCAGAUGUAAAAUAAUGCUCAGUAUGUGUACUUUUUAAUGCAAAAUGUCUGGAUAUGUCUCUCUUCUUGGUAUUUUUGCAGGCAGCGUUAGGACAUGCGUGUUCGAGUGGGUACUCAGAGGCCUAUAUUUUAUUGUUCUAAACAGACAAAUGAAGCAGAUAUAUAUAUAUUUACCCCCAGCACUUGCCGGUCUCUUUUAUUGCGAUGUUCCUCUGUUUCCUCUCUAUCUGCUAGAUAAUGGUGUGGUCUUUUUGCCAUGUUGUUUAUUAAAUGUAAGCAUUUCUGUAACAUGUUUUUUUAAUUUUAUUUUAUUAUUUGUCAUUCUAUUUUUUAGUAUUAUUGGAUACAUUUUCUUUCUUUCUUUCUUUCUUUCUUUCUAUUUUUUUAAUUCGUUGUCAUUUUGAAUCACUGUCAUCUUGGUUUAGCACUUUGCUUCCAAGUGGUCACAAUUUGAACUGUGUUUCUACAUGCCUUUUUAAAAAAGAAAAAAAAGACAAAAAAAUAAAUCAGCAUCUUUGACUGA